AUGGGCAUUCCUGAGCUUGCUGAGUAUGAACAUGUGGUUUUUGGCCAAAAAUUAGAUUUUGCUGCACCCCCAGGACACUCCCAUGGGCCUGGGACCAUCAGGGACCCUCCCAAGAGUGGCGGUGUUCCCAGGAACUCUCCCAGGGGCAGCGGAGCUUUCAGGGAUUUUCCGACGGGCAGCGGCGUUAGUAGAGACCCUCCCAUGGGUGGUGGUGCCCCCUGUGGCCCUCCCAGGGGUGGCAGCAUCUGCAGGGAACCUCCCAUAGGCAGUGGUGUUCCCAGGGAUCCCCCCACGUGCAGCGAUGUGCCUAUGGACAGUCCCAGGAACGGCAGAGCCCCCAAUGACCCUUCCAGGGGCGGCGGAGCCCCAAGGGGAGGCCCCCAGGGACCCUCCCAGGGGCGACAAAUCCCCCAGGGAUACCCUCAAGGGGCGACGGCAUCCUCAGAGACCCUUCCGGGUUCAUGA